GGGAAUGGGCAUGCGCCUUCAAGAUGUCGUACUGCGUGACGACAUUCGGCCGUACCAGCGGUACGACCUAGAAGACCUCCUACCCGUGUCAAGUUUGGAGCUCCCGUCACCUCCAGCAGUGUUUUCCGCUACGUUGAGCUCCACGACUUCUACCAAGAAGUGGAUAAUACCCAUCGUGGCUGUGGGGGUCAUCGUCAUCCUGACGGUCGCAACAGUGGCGGCCAUCGUGUAUCGUGACCGUAAUAACGGUGGCAACAGCCGCCGUCAGGUUGGCAGCCACAAUGCUAAGAAGUUAGGAGGAGAUAGGCUUCACGAGGGAGGCUACGACCGAACGCCAUGG